AUGGACCCGGGUGAGGCGCAAGACACUCCGCUCGUGCAGCAGGAUGAGGGCCACAUGGGCUGGAAACAGGCUGGCAUCACAGUUUUCACCUUUGCAGCGCCCUCUGCUGUGAUGGCUGUGCCCUUCGCCAUAGCCAAUGCCGGCUACGCUGGUGGCAUUGCCUUGUGCUUGAUUAUCACCGGAGCCUCCGUGGCGGGAGCUAACAUGCUCCUUGAGAUCAAGCUGCUGUAUCCCCAUUGCAAGACCUUCGGCGAUCUAGGCCUGCAGGUGCUAGGAAGGCCCGCACAGAUCUGGGGCAAUGUGAUUCAGCUUGGGAAUUUCUGCCUCUUCAUGCCAUGCGCUUUGCGCUUCUGUGCGCUGUCCUUGCUUUCCAUUGGCACGAUCGGCCCGCUGGGAAGCUGCGUUGACUACUACGUGUGGGUGAUUGCAGCCAUUUGUCUGCUGACCACUCAAGUCAGAAGUUUCGACAAUGCUCAGGGCUUCACCGUGAUCUCGUUCUGUUGCGUCAUCGGGAUGGUGGUAACCAUGCUGAUCGGUGCAUUCCAGUAUGAGCAUGAUCCCAAAAUUCCAGCUCAGUUCUUCGGCAAUCCUGAGGCCGACCCAGGAUUGAGGCUGAUUCGGCUGGCCAGUGGUUUCACCAUUGGUGCUUGGGCAUUUAUCCCUGCUUUCCUGACGGUGGAGCUCAGCACCUGCAUGCGCACACCUGCAGAGUUCAAGAAGUCGCUGCUGCUGGCUGGCAGCCUCAACGUGGGAUUGUUCGUGGUGGUUGGCACCAUUGUUGUGGCUCGCUGGGGCUAUAACGUCGGCGAAGUCAUUGCUAUCACCGCGGGUGUUGGCGCAUGGGUUCCUGGCACUACGAUCAACACGGCCUUCAACGUCUUCCAGUUGGGCGGCAAUUUUGUGUCAUACAUGUUAGACUCCGUUCCACUUAGCAGGUUCUGCCAGAAGUCCUGGGCCCCCAACUUCAAGGACACAUGGACCCUGCCUGACAUUUGCAGAUACCUUGGCUACUCGCUACCCACUUUUCUGUCAGCCUUGUUCCUGAGCACCUUCACCCCAAGCAUCAACACAUUGCUGGACUUCGUCACAGCUUUGACUACGCCCUGGGUGACUCAGAUCUACCCAGCAGUGCUUUAUUGGAAGGUCCUUCAUCGACGGGCUGCGGAAAACAUCGAGUGCGGACUCGAAGAGCCAAUAAAGCGCUCCGAGAAGAUCACGGUUGCUCUAGUCUUGACCGUUGGCUGCGUCAGCUUCUGUGCCUGCUCACUGAAGGCUAUCGGCUACCUUGCCUUUGAUGAGCUUCGGCCGCCUUUCCAGAUUGGAUGCGACGGCUGGCUGAUAUGGAAGUGGUCCCGCGCAUGA